AUGAGUGGGGACAAGGGGCCCCGACUCAGGGACUUUCUGAAAGGGAGCCUGGCCAGAUGGGCCCUGGGACUGGCCUGUCUUGUGGGGGAGGCAGAGGAACCGGAGGAGCGAGAUGGGGAAGAAGAAGAAGGGGAGGGACGCCCUGGCUGGGAGAAAAGCUUCUUUCGCCUCAGUGAUGGGGCGCUGCUCCUUCGGGUGCUGGGCAUCAUUGCCCCCAGUUCCCGCGGGAGACCUCCUGGGGUCAGGGACCAUGAAGACCCCAUUGCCUGGCGGGUGCGCAACCUCAGUCACCUGUGGGGACGUCUGCGGGACUUCUACCAGGAGGAGCUGCAACUGCUGGUCCUGCGGCCUCCCCCAGAUCUCCAGAACCUGGGGUUCGACCCCUUCUCAGAGGAGGCAAUGGAGACACUGGAAGGUGUCCUACGGCUGCUUCUGGGGGCUGCAGUGCAGUGUGAGCACCGGGAACUCUUCAUCAGACACAUCCAGGGCCUCAGUUUGGAGGUGCAGAGUGAGCUGGCAGCUGCCAUCCAGGAGGUGACCCAGCCCGGAACUGGGGAGGUGCUGGCGCUUGCUGGGCCAGAACCCGGGGAGCUGGCAGCCCCGGAGCUGGAGCUGCUGUCCCGGAGUCUGAUGGGGACGUUGCUGAGGCUGGCAAGAGAGCGUGACCUGGGCGCUCAGAGGCUUGCAGAACUGCUGCUGGAGCACAAAGAGCGUGAAUCAGCCCUCUUAUUGCCAGAGGUUCCUGCUAGGACUCCCCCAGAAGGCCCCUCACACCAUCUGGCCCUGCAGCUGGCCAACACCAAGGCCCAGCUCCGACGCUUGAGGCAGGAGCUGGAGGAAAAGGCAGAGGUGCUGCUGGACUCCCAGGCAGAGGUGCAGGGCUUGGAGGCCGAAAUCCGCAAGCUCCGCCAAGAGGCCCAGGCCCUGUCGGGGCAGGCCAAGCGGGCCGAGCUGUACCGCGAGGAGGCCGAGGCGCUGCGGGAGCGGGCCGGCCGCCUGCCCCGCCUGCAGGACGAGCUGCGACGCUGCCGCGAGCGGCUGCAGGCGGCUGAGUCCUACAAGGGCCGCCUGGAGGAAGAGCAGCUGCUGUCAGAGGCAUUGGAGGCCUCCAAGGUCCUGCUGGAGGAGCAGCUGGAGGCGACAAGGGAGCGCGCAUCAAGACUGCACGAAACCCAGCGUGAGAACCUGCUGCUGCGAACGAGGCUGGGGGAGGCCCAGGCGGAGCUGGACUCUCUGAGGCACCAGGUGGAUCAGCUGGCCGAGGAGAAUGUGGAGCUGGAGCUGGAGCUUCAGCGGAGCCUGGAGCUGCCUCCCAACUCUCCUGGGGAAGCACCUCCUCUGGUUGUGGCACCCUCCCUUCACGAUGAAGUGAGGGAGGCCGAGGGGAGCCGCUUGAGAUCACUGGAACUGGAAAAUCAGCAGCUCCGAGGCCUGUUGCGGACGCUGCAUGGACAGUCUGGGGUCCCCCUGCACCCGCUGCUGACAGACUCAGAGGAGCCGGGGCUGGACACUGAACCCAAGACCUGCCUCCCUUCAGACCCCAAUUCCCAGGACUCGGGGAUCCCCGUGGAGGAAGGAACCCAGGCUUCAGACUUGGCUGCCCCAGCAUUGGACUCUGCCCUUGAGGGGUUCACCAAGUGCCCCCCAGCAUCCCAAUCAGACCCGCCCAAGCUGGAGAAGCCCCUCCAGGUGCCCACGCUGGUACCCCAGGACCCAGUUAUGUCAGCACCCCAUGAGCCAGGACCACUGAAAGAGACACAGGAGUCCCUAGAUCAAGCCAGCACUGGGGACCCCCCGCAGACCCUUGCUUCUAGGGUGCCCCAUCAGGGUCCAGAGAUCCAAGUUCAGACCCCACUGUCUCCAGAAAGAGAAACUGGGGAGUCAGGGCCCAGAGAUCCAGAGCAGGACCCACACAAGGUGCAAGAGCCCACGCUAGAGGAGGACAUCAGGGACCCCAACCCCAUGGUACCCGAACACAAGCCAGAAGGGGAUCCCCAGGCACAGGCCUUGGAGGAGCCAGUCCCAAGGGAGAUCCUGGCCGGUGGAGACUCUGAGCAGGAGCUGGAGGCCCUCCGGGAGGAGGUGGCCCAUCUUCGGAAUGAGGCUGAAACCCUGCGAGCUGCACUGGAGACCCAGGCCCGGAGGCUGGAGGCCCGGGGUGCGGAGGCUGCCCGCCUGUUAGAGGAGCUGGUGGAGGCCCAGAGGCUGGAGGCCGAGGCCCACCGGGAGGCCGAGACCCAGGCCCGGGAGCUGGGCCGGCUGCGGGAAGCGGUGGAGGCUGCUGGCCGGGAGCAGGAGGCCGCCUCUCGGGAGCGGGAGGCCUUGGCCGAGGUGCUGGCUGCUGCAGGCCGAGAGAGGAGGCAGUGGGAGCGAGAGGGGCCGAAGCUCAGGGCCCGGGCCCAGGAGGCUGAGGAGCGGCUGCAGUCGCUGGAAAAGGAGGCCGCCCGGCAUCUGGAGGAGGCUGCGAGGGAACGGAGGGAGAAACAGACGGUCAGCGAGGAGCUGGAGAAGGCCAUGCUGCGGGGCCAGGAGCUAGGUGCCCGGCUGGAGCGGCUGCAGGACGAGCUGAAACAGGCGACGCUGGAGCGCCAGGAAUUUCUGCAACAGCAAGCAAGCCAACAUCAGAGGUACCAGGGCCUAGAACAGAGGUUGCAAGCUGAACUGCAGGCAGCAGCAACUAGCAAAGAGGAGGCGCUCCGGGAGCUGAAGGACCGGGCCCUGCAGCUGGAGGAGGAACUGUUUCAGUUGCGCCAGAACUCUACGGGGCUGCGGCCCGAGGAUGCCACUGGGAGGAUCCUGGAUGUCCAGAAUGGGCGGCUCAUCGAAGUGGAGCGCAGUAAUGCCACGCUGGUGGCCGAGAAGAUGGCUCUGCAAGGGCAGCUGCAGCGUCUGGAGGGGCAGCUGGGGAGCUUGCAGGGCCGGGCUCAGGACCUGCUGCUGCAGAGCCAGAGGGCCCAGGAGCACAGCAGCCGCCUGCAGGCUGAGAAGAAUGCCCUGGAGACGCAGGGCCAGGAGCUGCAUCGGAAGCUGGGGAUGCUGGAGGAAGAGGUGCGGGCAGCACGGCAGGCCCAGGAGGAGACGCGCGGGCAGCAGCAGGCCCUGCUGCAGGAUCACGAGGCGCUGGUGCAGCUGCAGCGGCGCCAGGAGGCCGAGCUUGAGGGGCUGCUGAUCCGCCACCGGGACCUCAAGGCCAACAUGCGGGCUCUGGAGCUGGCCCACCGGGAGCUGCAGGGCCGCCACGAGCAGCUACAGGCCCAGAAGGCCAGCGUGGAGAGCCAAGAGAUGGCCCUGCUGACGGAGCGGGAGCGUCUGGUGAAGGAUGGCCGUCGGCAGCGGGGCCUGGAGGAAGAGCUGCGGAGGCUGCAAAGUGAGCAUGACAGAGCCCAGACCCUGCUGGCCGAGGUGUCCAGGGAACGUGGGGAGCUGCAGGGCGAGCGCGGGGAGCUGCGGGGCCGCCUGGCCAGGCUGGAGCUGGAGCGAGCACAGCUGGAGGCGCAGAGCCAGCGGCUGCGGGAGUCCAACCAACAGCUGGACCUGAGCGCCUGCCGGCUGACCACGCAGUGCGAGCUGCUGACCGAGCUGCGCAGCGCCCAAGAGGAGGAAAAUCGGCAGCUGCUGGCCGAGGUGCAGGCCCUGAGCCGGGAGAACCGUGCGCUCCUGGAACGCAGCCUGGAGAGCCGGGACCACUUGCACCGAGAGCAGCGCGAGUAUCUGGACCAGCUCAAUGCCCUGCGCCGCGAGAAGCAAAAGCUGGUGGAGAAAAUCAUGGACCAGUACCGCGUGCUGGAGCCUGGGCCCCUGCCCAGGAUCAAGAAGGGCAGCUGGCUGGCAGACAAGGUGAAGAGGCUGAUGCGGCCCAGGCGGGAGGGGGGCCCCCAUGGGGGACCGCGCCCGUGGGCCGAUGGGGCUGGAAGCACCGAGAGCCUGGGGGCCCCCUCAGAGGCGGAACUCUCCGUGGGCAGGGAGGCAGAUGGGACAGGGUCCCCCUCCCCGGCCCCCAUGCGCCGUGCCCAGAGCUCACUCUGCCUGCGGGAUGAGACUCUGGCAGGCGGGCAGCGGCGGAAGCUCAGCUCCAGGUUCCCGGUGGGGCGCAGCUCCGAGUCAUUCAGCGCAGGGGACACCCCAAGACAGAGAUUCCGACAGCGCAGACCGGGGCCCCUGGGGUCACCCAGUCCCCACAGCAAAGGAGCUGGCACGGGAUGGGCUUGCUCUGUGGAAACCCUGGCGGAGCACGAAGCCGAUGCCGACCGAGAGGGCCUCGAGGUGCAGGAACCGGAGAAGCGCCAUCUCGACUCAUCCCUCAGCCAGUGACACUUCAUGGUCUGGGGCCGUGACACUGCCAUCCUCUCGCCGCUGCAGCCUCCCUGGGGGGCCCCGGCAGCCCAGAAACUGGGGGAGCCAAGAGCCUUGGAGCGAAUCCAUGGACUGGGAUAACUGCUCGGGGCCUACUGCACAGCGGAGCUGGGCUCACUCAGCCAACAGCAGGCAGAGCGGCCCCCCACAGGCAGUGCCUUGUCGGGGCGCCGGUUAUUCGGUGCCCCCCUCCCACAGGAGGCCAUCUUUGAGGGACGUCCCAGAGCCCCCUCCCCGGUUCUGCCGGGGACCUCUGGGCUCCGGCACCUGGGCUCAUCAUUGACCUGUAUUGGCCGUGGGGGGCCUGAGAAUAAAAUUGGACAACACCUGA